AAAUACAUUUGAAGUUAAUAACAACUUUCUAUCCAACUACUAAUUUAAGUGCUGAUCGCUUAUUAUUCAUCAGAUUUAGAUAGAGAUUUUCAUCUUUCUGUCUAUUUCUCUAUCUAUCUUCUCAUACCAACUGUCUUAAUAAUUUUUAUUUAUGCUUUUCAUCUUGAAACAAUCUGUUGACCAGAUUUCUCAAAAGGAGAGGCCGAUGCCGUUUUUAAUCAAAUUUGAGACUCAAUCAGCUAGAGUCAAAGGCCUAUCAUUUCACCACAAAAGACCAUGGAUCUUGGCGGCUCUUCACAAUGGUGUUAUUCAACUUUGGGAUUAUCGGGUUAGUACCUUGAUUGACAAAUUUGAUGAACAUGAAGGACCUGUUAGAGGUAUCUGCUUCCACAGUCAACAGCCUUUAUUUGUCUCUGGAGGUGAUGAUUACAAAAUUAAGGUAUGGAACUACAAGACCAGACGUUGCUUGUUUACUCUUCUUGGACAUUUGGAUUAUAUCAGAACAACAUUCUUCCAUCAUGAGUAUCCAUGGAUUCUUAGUGCCUCUGAUGACCAAACUAUUCGUAUUUGGAAUUGGCAAUCACGUACAUGUAUCUCAGUUCUAACUGGACACAACCAUUAUGUCAUGUGUGCACAAUUUCAUCCAAGUGAGGAUCUUGUUGUCUCUUCUUCUCUUGACCAGACUGUGCGAGUUUGGGACAUUUCUGGUCUACGAAAGAAAAAUGUUGCCCCAGGUCCUGGGGGAUUAGAUGAUUCCAUGAAAGGUCCUGGUCAUACAGAUCUUUUCGGUCAGUCAGAUGCAGUUGUCAAGCAUGUAUUAGAAGGACAUGAGAGAGGAGUUAAUUGGGCUUGUUUCCAUCCAACAUCACCUCAAAUAGUUUCCGGUGCAGAUGACAGAGUCAUACGUAUUUGGCGUUAUAACGAUUCCAAAGCCUGGGAAGUUGACACUUGUCGAUCUCAUUACAAUAAUGUUUCUUGUGUUGUAUUCCACCCAAAGUCUGAGCUCAUUAUUUCUAAUUCUGAGGAUAAAAGUCUAAGAAUAUGGGAUGCUAACAAACGAACUCUAUUACAUACCUAUCGUAGAGACAAUGAUCGUUUCUGGAUUCUAGCAGUUCAUCCAACACAGAAUCUUCUGGCUGCCGGUCAUGAUAGUGGUAUGUUUUUAUUCAAAACCAGUAAAGAGAGACCAGCUUUUACACUCCAUGGCAAUUUACUGUACUAUAUCAAAGAUUAUUAUCUUCGUCGCCUUGACUUUUCAACUUUCAAAGAUAUUCCUAUCAUGAAGCUACGCCCAUCUACUCGAGGUCGAUUAUCCAUGCUUUCGUAUAACCCAGCCGAAAAUGCUAUGUUGGUAUCAUGCCAGUUACCACAGCACGAAUAUGCAUUCUAUGAUCUUUACUUUUUACCUAAAGAUAUUGAUACUAAUAACCCAUCUCCUGCUUUGGGAGAAUCCAAACGAUUCCAAGGUGCACCAGCAAUUUGGGUUGCACGUAAUAGAUUUGCUGCUCUAGAUGUGAGCAAAACUAUCAUUAUCAAAAACAUGAAAAAUGAAUUAGUUAAAAAAUUAUCCACCGCACUUUCAGUUGAAAACAUUUUCUAUGCUGGUACUGGUUUGCUUCUGGUCAAAACUGCUGCUGAAAUAGCUCUUUGGGAUGUUCAACAAUCCCGAUCAAUUCAUACUGCUAGGAUUUCUAACGUUAAGCAUGUUAUUUGGAAUGCUGAUAUGUCGAAUGUUGCUUUCUUAAAUCGAAAUCAAGUUAGCAUUUGUACACGUAAGUUGGAUAUUCUAAGCUCAAUAACCGAAACUACUCCUGUUAAGAGUGGAGUUUGGGAUGAUUCUGGUGUUUUCAUUUACACCACUGCCAAUCACAUAAAAUACGCUCUCAUUAAUGGAGAUCAUGGUAUUAUUCGAACCCUUGACUUGCCAAUCUAUCUGACCAAGAUAAAGGACAACUCUGUUUAUUGCUUAAAUCGUGAUUGUGUUUCCAAAAAGUUGUCUAUUGAUUCUACUGAAUUCCGAUUCAAGCUGGCUCUUGUUAAUCGUCAUUAUGAUGAAGUACUACAUAUGGUUCGAACAAGUAAACUAAUUGGACAGUCAAUUAUUGCAUAUCUCCAAAAGAAAGGAUAUCCAGAAGUCGCCUUACAUUUUGUAAAAGAUGAGAAAACUCGAUUUGCUUUGGCUUUGGAGUGUGGCAAUAUUGAAAUUGCAACUGAAGCUGCUCGUAAACUAGAUGAUAAAACAUGUUGGGAAAAAUUAGCUGAAGCCGCUCUUCUUCAGGGUAAUCAUCAAGUUGUAGAAAUGGCUUAUCAAAGGAUCAAAAAUUUCGAUAAACUUGCUUUCCUUUAUUUAAUUACUGGAAAUCUGGAAAAGCUUAGAAAAAUGAUGAAGAUCGCUGAGAUUCGAAAGGACACGUCAGCUCAAUUCCAAAUCGCUCUUUUCUUGGGUGAUGCAUCAGAAAGAGUUAAAAUGAUUAAGAACUGUGGUCAAACUUCUCUCGCUUACCUUUGUGCAGCCACUCAUGGUCUGUACGAUGAAGCAGAAGAUAUAAAACGUACUAUCAAAAAUAGUCAACAGUUACCUGAUCCAGAUCCAAAUGCUGAGUUUUUACAACCUCCUAUCCCAAUAGAGCAUUGUGAAGAUAAUUGGCCUCUUCUAACUGUUUCUAAAGGUUUCUUCGAAGGUGCAAUGGCAGCAACAAAGGGUAAAGCUGGUAAUUUGACUUCUCCUGUGGAUAUGAAUGAAGAUGAUGUUAUUGGUGAAGGCUGGGGCGAUGACGAUGAUUUGAUUCUUGAUGAAAACGCUGAUAAUCAACCUGGGGAAGAAAAAUUGAAUCUAGAUGAUGAAGAUGCUGGUUGGGAUGUUGAAGAUGAAGGUCUAGAAUUACCAGAUGUAGAACCCGGUGAAGAAACAAAAGAUGCUAAUGCAUAUUUUGUUGCUCCUACUAAAGGAACUCCACCAACACAACAUUGGGUAAACAAUUCUAGAUUUGCUGUGGACCAUAUUGCUGCAGGUUCAUUUGAAUCAGCUUUCAGACUUCUUAACGACCAAGUAGGAGCUGUUAACUUUGAGCCACUCAAACAAUUAGUUCUUUCAUUUUACACUCGAUCAAGAACAGCUCAUUCGGGCUUAGUUUAUUUACCUUCGCUGUACAGUUAUCCACAACGUAAUUGGAAGGAUGCAGGCCCUAAAGGAGGUUUACCUUCUAUUUCCAUUAAACUUCCAGAUCUUUUCCAACGUCUUCAAGCAGCCUAUUCUUUGACCCAUGCUGGUAAAUUUGUGGAAGCCAUAGACAAAUUCCGUUCAUUGUUAUUACAAAUUUUAUUCUUGAUCGUUGAUUCAGAUGAAGAGGCUAGUGAAGCAAAACAACUUUUAGACAUUUGUAAAGAAUAUGUUUUAGGUCUUCAACUUGAGACAGAACGUAAAGCUUUAUUCAAAGAUGGAUGGCCUUCAGCCUCGUUAGAAGAACAAAAACGAUCAUGUGAAAUGGCUGCAUACUUUACACAUUGUAAACUUCAACCUGUUCACACCAUUUUAACUCUUCGAACAGCAGCCAAUCUUUUCUUUAAGCUUAAAAAUUAUAAAACUGCUGCCUCCUUCGCUAGGAGAUUACUUGAAUUAGGACCUAAGCCUGAAGUCGCUCAGCAAAACAAAAAGUUAUUACAAUUAGCAGAAAAGAAUCCAGUUGAUGAACAUCGAUUAGAAUAUGAUGAACACAAUCCAUUCGUUAUCUGUGGUUACUCAUAUAAACCAAUUUACCGAGGUAGACCAGAUGUUAAGUGUCCUUUCUGUAAUGCCGCUUACAAACCAGAGUUUAAAGGCAAGUUAUGCAAAAUUUGUAAUAUUUCACAAAUUGAUAAACAAUCUACUGGAUUAAGAUUAAAUCAAGGAGGAACCAAUAGUAGUUAUUAGGUUAUUAUUAAUGCUUGCUAUUAUUAUUAUUAUCAUAUAUUACUAAUAAAAAUUAUUGCUAUCAAUAAAAGUAAAACUGAAGAAAAAAUAAAGUCCACACAAAUAUUAUCCAGCUUUUUAUAAAACAUCCCCUUUCAAACAUCAAUUCGCUGUGUAUUUAAAUUUAAUAAAAAUAAAAAUACUUCGGUAAAUCACAAAA